UUCAGUACCGCGCGAGCCGGCAGCGCGCGCGCACGCAUUCAUGUCGCCAUUUUGUCUAUUCUUAAACAUGGCGUUGAGGUUAUUUUUGUUUUUAAUCUUUGUCGGGUUCGUGGCUAGUCAGGCCCCGAAUCCGACCAUAAGAGUGGCCCAUGGUGUUCUGCAAGGAGCUUGGAAGGUGUCCACUAAAGGCAGGUCUUACGCCAGCUUUCAAGGGAUACCAUAUGCGCGGCCGCCGAUCGGAAAGUAUAGAUUUAGGGAACCACAGCAAUUGAAGCCAUGGCUCGGAGUGUGGGACGCCACCAAGCCGCUGCCCGCGUGUCUGCAGUACGAUCCCUUCAUAAAGAAGAUCACAGGUAGCGAGAACUGCCUGUACCUGAACGUCUACACUCCGAAGAUGAACCCUGGAGCCAACUUACCCGUGGUGGUGUUCAUCCAUGGGGGCGCUUUCAUGUAUGGAGAAGGAACAGUAUAUGAUGCCACAAACCUCAUGGAUUGGGACAUGGUGGUGGUCACUCUGAACUACAGGCUUGGACCUCUAGGUUUCCUCAGCACGGGAGACGAGUUCGCUCCCGGCAACAACGGACUGAAGGACCAGUCCUUCGCGCUGCAGUGGAUCAAGAACAACAUCCUCAUGUUCGGAGGCAACCCUGAUAGCAUCACGUUGACUGGGUGCUCCGCUGGGGGCGCUAGUGUGCACUAUCAUUAUUUGUCUCCAUUGUCUAGAGGAACCUUCGCCCGAGGCAUAGCCUUCAGUGGGACAGCCUUAGCCGAGUGGACCCACUCCAUCAAGCCGGCUGAGAAGACCAAGGCCCUCGCUGCUAUAGUCGGCUGCCCCACCAACACCAACAAGGAAAUGAUGGACUGCCUCAAGUAUAGGCCCGCUGAAGUCAUCGUGAAUGCACAGAUUGAGAUGUUUGAAUGGAAGGUCCACAUGUUCACGCCCUUCACGCCAGUGGUGGAGGCGCCAGGAGUGAGAGAGCCGUUCCUACAGCAGUACCCGUACCACGCCACCAGGGCCGGCGCCAUGAUGAACGUGCCCCUCAUCACGUCUGUCACUUCGGAAGAGGGACUGUAUCCUGCUGCUGCUUACCAAGAGUCACCAGACCUCCUCUCCGACCUCGAAGCGCACUGGAACGAGCUCGCAGCCAACAUCUUCGAGUACAACGACACCUUACCUCUGAGCCAACGCAAUGAUGUCGCUAUGAAGAUCAAGCAGCACUACUUGGGUGGAAAGCCGGUCAGCCAGGAGACUUACCCACAACUUGUACAGGCUCUAGGUGACCGCCUGUUCGUAGCCGAGGUGGGCAAGAUGGCGCAGAUCCACGCAUCCAAGUCCGGGCAGCCGACUUACGUGUACCGGUACGCUUACCGCGGCGUCAAAAGCCUUUCCAACCUGAUGGCGCAUAAUGAUGCUAAUUACGGAGUGAGUCACGGAGACGACGUGCUGAGCAUCUUCAAGUUCCCCGACAUGGACUCCAGCGACCCUCAAGACAGAGCCAUGGUGGACGCCCUCAUCAAUAUGGUAUACUCCUUCUCCACCACUGGAACUCCAAAACUGACCAACGGAGGCCCUACCUGGGAACCAGUAAAGCCGGGGGCACCAGAACUGAAUUACCUGGACAUCCUCUCUCCCACUAAGAUGGAAAUGAAAGCCUCCACAGACUUCGGACAAAAAUCAUUCUGGGACAGCUUAGGAUUUAAUGAGAAUGAAAACUAUCGCGUUUAUUUGAGAGAUGAACUGUAAAAUGAAAAACGAAACUUUUUUUACUUAAAAUAAGUUUUUAAAUACAAUUAUACUUUUUUUAUUUUAUUUUCAAUUCUGAACGUUUUUAUGUUUAUGUUUCCUUAAUUAGGAACGUUCUUUUCUUUUGAAUGUGAGAACAGUUUGUUUUUCUUAUCUCUGCUUUCAUUUGUACCUUUUUUGUGCCAUAAAUAUAUUUUCUUCUUUUCAAAGAUCUUUACGUUUUCAAUUUAUAUUAAGGGAAAUAAAUUACUUACGCUUAAUUAAAAA